GGUCACCUUCUGAUGACUAAUGGAGAUACCUUGAAGGUGACAGUGCUUAGUAAAACAGAAGAUGGACCACCAAUGGAUGGAAGAAAUCUCAUCAGUCCAGUCACCAUGGCAUAUCAGAAGGGAUGCGUGCUUGCUUCUGGAAUUGAUGGCUUUGUUUAUUCUGUUAUUAUUAAAGAUUCAAGUUACAAAGUAGAGGAUUUUCUUGAGGUUGAAGGGCCUGUGGAACAUAUGAUGUUUUCUCCCAGUUACAAAAUGUUGCUGAUUCAAACAGACCAGGGAUCUGUUUAUAUUUACACUUUUGGUGAGGAGCCAACAUUUGAAAGAGUCCUAGAAUCUUGUGAUGGGAAAUUUCAGGCAAUUGAUUUGAUCACACCUGGUAAUGAAUACUGCAUGACGCUCACACAUUCAGGAGAAAUUAGUGUUUGGUGUAUAGAAGAUGGUGCUUGUGUUAGCAGGGUUUAUCUGAAUACCCCAGCAACAGCUCUGGCUUGUUCUCCCUCCUCCCUCUCUGCAGCCGUGGGGACUGUGGAUGGCUCUGUCCAUUUCCUCGAUGUCCGAGAUGCCGAGUCCCCGCAGGCAGUUCACAAAGCCUUUCUCUCCGAAAUGUCCGUGCAGCACCUCCUUUAUGACCAGCGAGGAAUGUAUCUAUUAGUUGGAACACUGGAAGGAUACAUCUUUGUUAUCAAUGCCAACCCCUCAAGCUUAUUUCAGAUUCUUGGAUUCAUAGAGGUGAACAAAGGCAUUUUACAAAUUUCCACGGUGUCUCUUUUGGAAACAGACAUAGUGGAAGUGAUGGUUCUUUCCCCACUUCCAGAAACAGGAAGAAGCAGGCUGGAGAUAUUUACUCUGCCUAAAAUACUACCACACGGCACAUAGUGGUAUUUGCAUUCUUAAGCUGUACAAAAAAGUGCAGAGUGGACAUUAUGGACCUGGAAUGCUCUCUUUGUCUCCACAUGGAUUGUGGCUCAUAACAACAGCUAAAUGUGGCAUUCUGUGUAUCCGAGAUGUUCAUACUUUGGAAACAUUUGCUCAGUGUCGGAGUCAUUCUCACCAGGCACACGGGAUUCAAUCAGUGAGAAUUUCAAUGGAUGGACAAAACAUUCUGGUGAAUGGGAAAGGUGAUGGCACCCUUGUUUACCUAAGAUGGAGGCAGUUUGGAGGAAACUGAGCCAAUGAAAUUCCUGAAUAUUGCCAACAACUUUUAACUUAUUUAAACAACACCAUGGAUGAGGAGAAUAAUUAUUUAAAUAUAACCCGAGGAGAUGGCUCGGAUUUGGGAUCAGAAUCUGAACACACAAUAAAUAAGAAUAUGAGGUCAAGCAUUGACUCAUUGCAAGAAGAAUUAGUUCAAGUUGAUGAUACAAAGAAAAUUCCAUGGCUACAACAAAAAAGCCAAGAGGCCAUCAAAAAGGAGGUCAAACUGUUUUCUGAGAAAAGGAAAGAGAUUAGAAAAGGAAUCAAAGCCCUUGCUAAAACUGUAAG